GGACGCGUUUUGGAGGUAAGCUAGCGCCGGGCGCUGUCCGUGGUCCGAGGCGCGGCUCUGGGGCCAAGGCUCGGGACGCCUCCGGUCUGUGAGGCUGGCCACCUGCCACUCUCUGCAGUGGCUAGAUCAGCUCCGGCUGCUGAAGCAUUGCUUCCUCAGAGACCUCGGCAGGGGUGUCAAAAAGGCUAUGCGUGUACACUGAGCCAGGCGCAUUGCGUCGGAACUUAAUACGGCGGACCGAAAGCACCCCACGGCUCCCACCGACCCAGGUACCAGGCCUCGCCGGGCCCCAGGUCGCUGCCCGAGGAACCUGGUGGGAAACAGGGUAAAAAGAAGCCACCGCCCGGAGCCGCGCAUAUUGACGCUGGAGCUGCUGGGGCGUUCUUGGGUCUGGAAUCUUGAGUGCGCGUUGCGUCCUGCAGGUGACAGUGCCUGUUCGCUCCACCACUCUCCUUUCAAGCCUGCAUCUCUCAUUCGAGAUGGCGAGGGUUCUGUCAGGGUCUCGUGUUGAAUGCUCGUAUUUGCACGUAGAAGAGGGAGGAUUUGACCCUUGCUGGGCGGUUUCGGUUAUGUAAACGAGGCCUUGAACAAGCAACAUGGCUGACAGCAAGGCCAAGCCCACCAAAGCUGCCAACAAGACACCACCCAAGUCCCCAGGAGACCCAGCCAAGGCUGCUAAGAGGUUGUCGCUGGAGUCAGAGGGGGCCAAUGAGGGUGCAGCUGCAGCCCCUGAGCUCAGUGCCCUGGAGGAGGCCUUCCGGCGGUUUGCAGUACACGGGGACACCAGGGCCACAGGAAAGGAGAUGCACGGCAAGAACUGGUCAAAACUGUGCAAGGACUGCCACGUGAUCGACGGGAAGAACGUGACCGUCACCGACGUGGACAUCGUCUUCAGCAAGAUCAAAGGGAAGUCCUGCAGGACCAUCACCUUUGAGCAGUUCCAGGAGGCACUGGAGGAACUGGCCAAGAAGCGGUUCAAGGAUAAGAGCAGCGAGGAAGCCGUGCGUGAGGUGCACCGACUCAUCGAGGGCCGAGCACCAGUCAUCUCUGGCGUCACGAAAGCUGUGUCCUCACCCACAGUGUCACGGCUCACGGAUACCAGCAAGUUCACAGGCUCCCACAAAGAGCGCUUCGACCAAUCAGGAAAGGGCAAGGGCAAAGCUGGCCGCGUGGACCUGGUGGAUGAGUCAGGCUACGUGCCUGGUUACAAGCAUGCGGGCACCUAUGACCAGAAGGUGCAGGGGGGCAAGUAGCCUUACGGGCUGGAGCUCCGGACACUACAGGUGGCAGGCACAGGACUUACACCCAUUGCACUUCAUUACAUUCCUAUGUUAACUGGGCAGAACUCAGAAUGCACCUCCACUAGGCGAUGGUGGGGGCGAUGCCCAGGCCUCCUCCUGCUGGGUGCUUCGACACUUCUCCCUCAGACCCCAGGUUUGGGCCGUGAUUCAUUGUCCUGUCCUAACAUACCUGCCCUGUCCACAGCUGGGAAGUGGACUGCUCUUUCCAAACUGUCUCCCAGGAUCAUACCACACUGGCCACUCGAGCUGCACGUAAAAGGGGUGUUCUGGGUACUGGCAGAAGUAAGGGUGAGCAGAUGUGAGAACUCACGCUGGCUUUAUCUAGGCACUUGUAGGGCGGCAGGAGCUAAGGAACUAACCAACCGGAUAGAGUAAUCCUAAACAGGCCGCUUCAUCCUUUAUGACCACAGCACACAACUGAGGCUACUCGGUGGUGUGCCAAUGUGUGUGUGAACAAUUCACAUCAGUACACAUGCAUGUGCACACGCGCGAGCACACACACACACACACACACACACACACACACACACACACACACACAGCUUCACCAACCAAGUCUGUGCUGAGAGUGGCCAAGAGAAAAAUGGAAGCUCCCCGGUGACCAGAGGAGUAAUAUGAAGCUGGAAGUUUCUUCAGUGUUGUUCUAAGAAAUGACAAGGCUAUGUGCUUGGUCUCAAGAGUGAUCCAGGGGGAUCCGGGACAUCAAGCUGCCAUGCCCCAUCACCAGGUUGGGACACACAUGAGGCUGAAUCACUUCAUCCAGACCAGGCCUGACAGUUAUCCCACCAAUGGGACAGAAGCUCUUGCCAGCGCGAGUUAUGCUGUGUUUUGCUCAAAACCAUGUGUCUUCAGCUCAGUGGAAUCUUCUCUGGGUUCAGAUUUCCUAACUUUGAUCACAAGUGCAAGUGCAGGGCACUGGACACCAGAACCAGACCCAAGAAAGAUUUUCAGCAUCAGCUAAGGCUUCUUUUCCUGCCGCAAGAGAGAAGUCAGGACUGAGCUCUUCCACGAAUGAGGGUGCCGCUUAGCCAGGCCCACAGACCUGUACUAUUCUCAAAAGAGCAGCACUUGUUCCUUUGCAUUAACACAGCCCUAGCCUUGCAUGCAACUUGGUGAACUGUGUAGCCUUGUUCCUAGAAAGAGCACAGUGGCCUCGGGAUCUGCUUCCCGGAGCAGAUGGCUGUUGGGGGUGGGAGUGUGUCUUACGCGGCUUGGACAGCACAGCUAGACAACAAGGCCGUCUUCCCUACUGCCACGGCAGACAGUCAGUCACAUUACCCAGCUCUCUGGGGCUCUCUGGGGCUUCACUGCAACACCAGGAAGGACUACUUACUAACCUAGAGAGAAAUGCAUGAUCCUCGACACCAGACCUCCCAGACAGCAGGCCCUCUGAAAAGUUCAGUUAGCAAGCCCCAUCAACAUACCCACCGCUGGAAGCUGAGGAUGGUAACUUCCUCCCAAGGUUUUGUGAGUUUGCAGUACCUGGCAAGUGGUGGAGCCUCCUCUCUGGAAUCUUACCUCACUGGUCUGGGGAAAGAAAAGGACCCUUGCACUUCUCACACCCACGCCCAGAACCCCUAGUCCCCAUGUGGCUGGCAGUCUCUUGGUGUGAGGAUGCUGUUUUCUACGAACAGUCUAGCUGGCACCACCAUAGCCAAGUAAAAUGGAGCACAUGCAAAUCCCUCAGGAGGUGACUGCAUGUAGGCCAGGGCAGAGGGUCAGGCUAGUGUGGCAUCAGACGGUCCCCAAACAUGUAGUGGGUCAGAUGUUUCCCUGACCCCAUAGUAGUCUGAAAACCCUGGACACAGUGUCCUGUUCAAAGGGCCAAGAUGCCAGAGUGAUGUCCAGAUGAAGAGCCAAGCCAAGUCCAGGCUUAGCAGCCUAGCAACACCUAGGAAACAACGUAAGCGUCCACCUUCACAGGACCGCCCAGCGCCAUGGGGACGCUUCAUUAGAAACUAGUCACUUCGCCCAUGUGCUCAGGACUGGACAGAAAAGCUCAGAGUGGCACGUCCAUAUAGGUCCUGGGCAGUAGAGGACCAGAACUGCCAUCAGAGUCCCCAAAGGUAGGAUCCUCAGCAAGAAAGCACUUGAGAAAGCAUUUCUAAUAGCUCUAACAUACCUUGGGCUUUGUAAAUGGAAAUUGGGUCACUCUGCCCUACUGGUCCUCACUGUCCUAGAACAGAACCUGAGCACCCUUGGGAAUAGUCCUAGGCCCACCCAUGUAGUUCCUCAGCAGCACCCAGAGCUAUGUGAGACAAGUGGUCUUCGUCGUGUCUCCCCUUACCUCCAGUUUCCUCACACAGCACCUUUCUCCAGUCAGUGUUGUUUAACUUUGAAUAGAAGCCCUCCCUCUAGAUGACAUCUGUCAUCUAGCAAGGAAAGGGUAGUAACAAUUAGAUCACAAGGACUUAUUGUCUCCAUAUUGUCAGCUUAAACUGUCUUUGGAAUUUGUUGUGGCACCUGUGUUCCCUCUCAGCAUAGAAACUGAUUGAGUCCAACUUUGCUGCACAGAAUGGAUGUGCAUUUUCCUCAGUUCGAUUUGAACACACAGCUGGAGUGUUUGUCUGUGCUGCAUGUUUUAUGCGAUACCAAUUAGCUACUACUAAUUAUGGGUAAGUAGAAUCCAGUGUCUGUGAAUAAAAACAAAAACUGCACAGCAUGCAAACCAAGACCAGGGCCAUGUGCUAAUAGGUGACAGGCACACAAGAGAUGGGGGUAGGUUCUCACAGGGGAUAACACCCAGGAGGCGAUAUUUUUUUUUCUCUAUAGGGGGCACUCAGGAGACAGAGACAUACUCUGUUGUGAGCUGAUCCAGGAGACAAGAAAGAUUCAGUCUAUCAGGGGAAGACACUCAGGAGACAGAGACAGGUUCUCUUGAGGUAUGACAGACAAAAGUAAGGACAGAUUUGGUCAGAGGCGACACUCAGGGACACGGAUGGAGUGACAGAGUCAUGUUUGGUUGUGCAUGACACUCGGCAUGUUCUGUCAGAGUAAUACUUGGAUAUAUUCUAUUGGGGGUGAUACCCAUGGACAUGGUCUGUAGGGGGUGAUAUACAGGGACACAUUCUGUUGGAGGUGACAUUCAGGAGAAAGGGACAAAUUUCAGGGAAGAGCCAUUCAGAUGGUGUCUUAAGUGUCAGGGAAUGAUGGUAGGUAGGUUAGAGGCUGUCUGAAACAUUGACUCUAGUAGAACCCCUAUUUAUUUCUAUUUAAUGCUAUGAGCAACUAGUUAGUGGAAAUACUUUACCAAAACAAGAGUUCAAAUUCCGUAUUUAAAUAUUGUGGAAAGAUCUAUAUUUAUACUGGAGUAUUUUUACACCUUUCAGUAUCCUAUCUUACUUUGGGGCAUAGGGACAUUAAGAGAUGGAGACAGUUUUGAAAUAGGUUGCACUACAGAUCUGCCACCUCCCUUAGUCUGUCCCAGGGAGUUGACAGGUGGCUGCCCUGAGCCAAGACUCAACCUUCCCCCUCCCAGAGGCCCUGGGCUGCCUCAGCUGCCUGCUUUAAUGAAUAGUUUUACUGGCACACAGCUGUCCCCAUGUGUUUACAUACUGUUCUGUAGCUGCUUUGGUAUUAGAACUGGCUGGGAGGAUUGGGACAGAUGCCAUGGCACAGACACGUGGUAUUUGCCACCUGUCCUUUUCCAGGGAAAACUGCCUGCCUGUCUGCAGCCCCCGACCCCCUGUAGACUCGUCUACUACCCGGCUACAACAUGGGCACAUGGGGGAAGCCCUGCCAAUUAAGAAUGGCAAGAGUAACAAUUUAGCUGUACUGUGAAGACAUCAGUAGACAGAAUAGCCUUCCAACAUUGAGCCAAACAGCUCUUCCUCACCAACAUACUACUGACCAUUUUGAACUUUACAGUUUAGGGGUGUGGCCAUCUUGGGAUGAUUAAAUUAUCUCUUCCUUUAGACUUCUUAACUAAACCAAGCCAAACAACAAAGGAAGCCUGUACAACUUAAACUUGAAAGGAAUAAUAUGCUAUUACUACUAGUUUGUACUAAGUUUUUUUUUUCAAGAAAGGGAGUUAAGUUUAUAUAUAUGUGAUAUAUAUUUUUACACUAUUUUAUUAAUGUUAGGGAGUAUGGAGUUUAUCACUUUAUCAGUGUGAUGGGUAAUGUUGAUGUCACAGGUGUCCUGACUCAAAGACACUUAUGCUGACAUCUAAACCACGCUUGCUCAGAAUGUCAGGUCAGGAUGGCCCUGCUGUCCCUCCUAUAGUGCAAGGCAUCCAGUCACCUAGUUGGACAUAUGGCCUGGCUCAUAUUGCUUUUGUGAACAGCUUGUGUCUGUCAACAUUUCGUUCAUUGUGUUUGCUGUUAUUAACAUUGUGUGUCAAGUUGGUAAAGUGAUGAAUAAAGGUUUUAAAAUAUGGA